CCGAGGAUGGCCGGCGGGGAAGGAGCGGGCUCCGGCGUGCCGGAGUGCCGGGAGCAUCUUUUCAAGGUGCUGGUGAUCGGAGAGCUAGGCGUGGGUAAAACCAGCAUUAUCAAGCGGUACGUGCACCAGCUCUUUUCCCAGCACUACCGGGCCACCAUCGGGGUGGAUUUUGCUCUCAAAGUUAUAAACUGGGACAACAAGACCCUAGUGCGGCUGCAGCUCUGGGAUAUAGCAGGACAGGAGCGCUUUGGAAAUAUGACCAGAGUAUACUACAAAGAGGCAGUUGGUGCCUUUGUGGUCUUUGAUGUCACAAGAGGCUCCACUUUUGAGGCUGUUUCAAAGUGGAAGCAUGAUUUGGACAGUAAAGUAUUACUUCCCAAUGGCAACCCCAUCCCUGCUGUUCUUCUUGCAAACAAGUGUGACCAAAAGAAGGAUAGUAGCCAUAACCCCUCUCAAAUGGACCAGUUCUGCAGAGAAGGUGGCUUUGUUGGAUGGUUUGAAACAUCUGCCAGGGACAACAUCAACAUAGAUGAAGCUGCUCGAUUCUUGGUGGAAAACAUACUUGCCAACUACAAAACUUUUCCUAAUGAAGAAAAUGAUGUGGGAAAACCAAGAUUAGAUAUUGACCCAUUGAAAGCAGAGAGUAAAUCACAGUGCUGCUAAUGCUAUCACUGUUGAGUAAAUGUAAUGGGAUGAGUGGCAAGACUGUUCCUUAAACUGCUGCUAAUGGUGCUGCAUUGUGACAAUCCAUAUGGGGUGUCUGUGGUAUUAUCUGAAUAGGUGAUUCUUGUGGGUGUUUACAUAUUCUUGUUUAGCAUGAAACUGAGCAUCUUAUGAGUUAUCACUACUACUGUGAGUGGCUGCGAAAUCUGAUUAGUGUUUUCUUACUUCAGAACAUAAGGUAGCGUUUACACUCCUGAAAUGGAACAAAGACAGUGUCUAGUUUGCUUUUAGGACAUGUGCUACAUUCCAAAUAUGACUUGCUCAUCAUGGUUUUAGCUGAACUUGCACCUUUAAACUCUUUCUUUGUCACCUGUAUUGUUCCACUUUAGUCUGCUCACUAACACACUUUCCUGUAUUUAUUAUCCCCCACCACGAGGAUCUGUCUUGUUGCUAAGACAUUGCAUAAAUCCUGAAAGGUCCAAUGACGGAUGGGAGACAUCUUUCUUAGUGUGCUCAUGGAUUUUACCACUGAGGAAGAACAAGAUAGAUAAAUGGUUGUACUUAAUAGAGGAAUAACAGGGUUAUAGAGAUACUAAUAAAAAUGCAUCUCCAACGUACAUGUUUAAGGCAGAAUAUUUUUGGUUAAUACUGUACAUAUGAAACACACUAAUAGAUGCAGUUGUACUGAUGGUACAUAGCUAUGGUAACCUCACUCACACAUUCAGUAACUUUUUCAUGCACUAACACUGAAAACUUUACCAAGAGUACAAAAAGUAGAUAUCUUUCUGUCUUGUGAUAAUGAACUUGCUUUUUCCUUCUGUUGUAAGAUCCCUCUGAAUCCUAUGAAGGAGAGAGGUCUUGAAGGAAAUAGCUUAACUGGUUCUUGCUAGCCUAUCAAUCCCCACCACCAGCACCUCCACCUAACCCCCCCUGCU